CCACCCCUGCCUUCUCUACAUUAUAAUACAGAAAGAACUACAUUUCCCAGCAGCCACCUCGCGCUGGGCUCUGCUUUGCCGGGAGAGGAGGAAGUGCAGGACAGGCCGGAGCCAGCACCAUGCCCGGGUCUCUGGAUGACUGUCCUGGUGAGGCGGAGGAGACGGCUAGCAGCGUUUUACAGCACUUUGUCAGCAUCCCGGAGCAGACGUAUGAGGAAUUCCUUUCUGUGUUCACCGGUCUUCCACGCGAGGGACGAGGUUGCCAGGGUGAAGAUGACCACUCGCCGCAAGGACAGCGCGCCACGUCUGCGGAAAUGCAAAUUGCACAGCGAGCGCAAGAACUGGAUGGACCUGAACAGUUGGCGAUUGGUGACGGAGUCACAGUAGGCCGUUGUCACAGUCUGCCAUAUUCCAGGAGGGUCCAGGUGGAUAAUUAUUUCAGUGCCUCAGAUAUUGGCACAGAUUCAGACAAACAGGCGCCGGAUCCCAGUCUCAUGUUAUAUCCAGGAGAGGCGGACACUGCAACAGCUGUUACUAAGCCCAUCAUAAGAAGCACGUGCUUAGAGACCCACGCUGCGUCCACGCCGGAGACUGCGACAGAUGAGCACCUGGGCGAUGAUACCCAGCCCUUCUCUCUGGACCAAAGCUUCGAUUACGACCAUGUGGCUCUGACCCCUAAAUUUUCUGAGGCGGAGAUGAAGUUCCUGGACGCGAGGGGACGCCGGGAGGUGGGAGAGAAGGAAUCCUGACGACAGCGUCACACAUCCCCGCUCGUCGCUCAGAGAAGUCUUGUUUACAGAUGACGGGAAUAAAGACGCACACUUCA